AUGGAACAGAACCCUGGUUAUGAAUCUGAGGUUUUAUCACCCAAUAAUUGCUUAGGUGGAUCUGAAGGAUUGGCAAGCACUAUGAAGACUAACAGAUCUGAAGAACAAACGAUAUUGGAAAGAAGGUUGGAUGAAGCAGAAAAGUUACUCGCCAGUAUAAUCAACAUGUGUCACCAGUUUUCUCAGUCCGAGGCCGAGCUCAUGACCCCUGAAGCAUCCACGCAUGAUCAGGUUAUGACCGUCAUGUAUGAAUCAGUUCAUCCUUUCAGUCCUGUCACAGCAGCAGAUGUAUGGAGGUCUAAUGGAUUCUGCUUGGCCUGUACUGAAACUAUACAUUACGAUGCAGCUUUAUUAAAGGAACGUGAUAAAGUGCAGUUUGAAAAGAUGGACGUCCCGGACCACGCUCACUACAUCAUCGGAUCAGUCAUCCUCUUGGUGGGCAUCACAGGUGUUAUAGGAAACGCCCUGGUCAUCUACGUAUUCUGCCGCAGCCGGUCGCUACACACUCCAGGGAACAUUUUGGUGGUCAACUUGGCUGUCUCUGACUUCUUUAUGUCGCUCACCCAGUCGCCCGUCUUCUUUGUGGCCAGCAUGCACCGCCGCUGGGUGUUUGGUGAGCUUGCGUGUGAACUGUACGCUUUCUGCGGGGCCCUUUUUGGAAUCUGCUCCAUGAUGACCUUAACAGCCAUAGCUGCUGACCGCUGCCUCGCUAUAACGCGACCGCUUGCUCUGCUAGGAAAGGUCAGUCAGGGCAGAGCUGGUGGAGUGUUAGGGCUUGUCUGGCUUUAUGCUUUGAGCUGGAGUCUGCCUCCUAUUUUCGGCUGGAGUGCCUACGUCCCAGAGGGUCUCCAGACCUCCUGCUCCUGGGACUACAUGUCCUUCACGCCUUCAGUGCGUGCCUACACCAUCUUCUUGUUCUUGUUUGUUUUCUUCAUCCCUCUGGGUGUCAUCGCUGGCUGCUACCUGGCCAUCUUCAGAGUCGUUCGAAGGGCCCGGCUAGAGAUGAGGCAGCUCAACUGCGAGUCCCAUAAAGUCCUUGAGCGCAUGAAGAGUGAAUGGAAAAUGGCAAAGGUGGCUCUCCUGGUCAUCCUGCUUUUUGUCAUUUCGUGGUCACCUUACUCUGUAGUGGCACUCACUGCCACAGCUGGCUAUGCUCAUUUUCUCACUCCUUACAUGAACUCUGUUCCUGCGGUAAUUGCCAAAGCCUCUGCCAUACACAACCCCAUCAUCUAUGCCAUCACACACCCUAAAUACAGAGUUGCCAUCGCACACUAUGUUCCCCUUUUUCGCUCAAUCUUAUGCAUUAGCAAGGACCAGCGUGCAUCUUCCAUCUCCAUCAGUAGCAGUUCUUCUCAUCGGCCAACCCUCACCAGCCAGAAAGCCCUGGGUGUCCGCAUUGGCAAUGCAGCCCGAGCCAACUGCCGCUGGGGGAAGACUCGACUCUCUUCUGCCUCCGACUCAGAUUCCUGCUGGACGGAGAGUGAGGCAGACGGCUCCAGUGCCAACUCUCUGCCUUUUGCCAGGCGAGUAUCUACGGAGAUUUCUUUAGACACUGCCAUUCCUCCAGAGCAGGCUGGCAUGGACACUGCUUGUGGGCAGAAUAUAAAACAGGCUGACAGGAUCGGAGGCAUGUCUGUGCCCUCUGUUACUCUGGAACUUAAUGUGUCAGAAGGAGGAAUGCUUUUUGAGGCUGAAACUUACCUCCUAUCAGGUAACCAACAGGACUGCUUGUAA